UUUCGCAAUUUCCCAUUAUUGUGUCUUCCCGUCGUCGUGUAGAAGAACAGUGAGACACGGUUUCAAAUUUCAAAAUAAAACCCAGUAUCUUAAAAUAAUAUUUAAUUAAAAUGGGUAAAUAAUUGGUCGAUACUCAUUUUUACUAGCCUCGCUAAGUAUCCUUGGGAGUCCGAGAAGCGUUGUUUAGGAAAAGGAAAUUUGUGUAAGGGGCUUUGAAUCUUCCGAUUAUUGAUCAAUCGUCGCUUGUGUGAUUCUCUAAUGGCUGGAUCAUCAUGGCUAGUAGAUGGUCAUAGAUUUGCAACAAAAAUCAAGAGUGCAUCUGAUCCUGAAAAGGUGAUAUGGGAGAGCAAUCCGUCUAAAGCUUGCCCUAAUUGCCAGCAUGUAAUUGACAACAGUGAUAUUACUCAAAAGUGGCCUGGAUUACCCAGAGGGGUGAAAUUUGAUCCAACUGAUCAAGAAAUUAUUUGGCAUUUACUUGCAAAAGUUGGUGUGGGAGGUUUAGAUCCCCAUCCUUUUAUUGAUGAAUUCAUUCCUACUGUUAACAAGGAUGAUGGGAUCUGUUAUACCCAUCCUCAGAAUCUACCAGGUGUUAGGCAAGAUGGAAGUGUAUCUCACUUCUUUCAUAGAGCAAUCAAGGCUUACAAUACUGGGACUCGAAAGCGCCGUAAAAUUCAAGGUGAUGAUUUUGGUGAUGUCCGUUGGCACAAAACUGGCAGGACUAAGCCAGUGAUAUUGGAUGGAGUUCAGAAGGGCUGCAAGAAAAUUAUGGUUCUUUACAUGAGCACAGUAAGGGGUGGCAAAGCAGAGAAAACAAAUUGGGUGAUGCAUCAAUAUCACCUGGGAACAGGGGAGGAUGAGAGGGAGGGGGAGUAUGUGGUUUCCAAAAUAUUUUAUCAGCAGCAACAGACUAAUAAGGGUGACAAAACUGAAGAUGAGUUGCUUGAAAAUAUUGAUACUGUGAUUGCAAAAGUAGAUCCAGUCACUCCCAAGUCUGUGACUCCUGAACCUCCUCGUACUGAAAGGCGAUGUCCAGACUUCAACUCAGGAAAGGAGUGUGCUGUUACUAAUGAUUGCACGCAUCUCUGUACUCAGCAUCCGGAGAUGGAAGAUGUUGAAGUUCAUGCUCAAUCUGAAUAUCAGUACCCCAGUAACGAUGAUCAAUUGAAGACAGAAAAUCUUUCUAAUCAAAUGGUGGAUAAUAAUGAUAAUGUCAUUGAGGAAGAACCAAAAUGGUGGGACAGCGAGUCACAGAAUCUGUUGGAUUCACAACAACUAGUGGAAGGGCUAUCUUUGUGUGAUGAGCUCCUACAAAGUCAAUCUCCUAGCAGGUAUGGAAAUGGAAAUGAAAGAGCUAAAGGGAAACCAUGCCUCUCUGAUUAUGCCCAGUUAGGACCAGAGGAUUUAAAGAAGGAUCUAGAGGAGUGUCAAAAAUUGGAACUUGAUCCAGCUAACAUAGAACUUGAUACACCUCCAGAGUUCAGACUAAGUCAACUUGAAUUUGGAUCACAGGAAAGCUUUCUUGCAUGGGGUGGUGGUAGCAAGCUAUUAGACUAAGUAUAUGGUUUGGCUAGCUUCAACCCUCAUCAUGGCAGAAAACAUCAUUUUGUGCACCUAUAAUUUUGGAUGCUUGACCUGUUUGGUUGGGUUUUGGAACUCUAUUAUUUUGCUGAAUGACUCUAUCUGUAAUUUGUAGUGUGAAUUACUGGUUCUUACAACCUGAGCUGUAAUUAUGCACAUGUCAUGCUAAUGCCAGAUAAUAGAUCAAAUUAUGGUCUAUUUCUGUCUUUAGAGGGCUUCAAGCAAAAGUUUAGGAGUCUUUUGACAUAUUCUGUUGUACUCAUGGUUCCACAAUGUAAUGCUAAUGGAUGUCAAGUGCAUAUCGUUUGAAA